AUGUCCGCGACUGCGGCUCGUGCCGACCCUUUUCGACCAGCAAGGAGAGUUGCUGGCCAACGACAGGAUGUCUGGUCUAUCGUCAAUGAAGCUGCAGCAGCGUCUCCGGUCCAGCCCAUCGUUAACAUGGGUCAAGGUUUCUUUGGGUAUAACCCUCCUAAAUUUGCCAUCGAUGCCGCAAAGGAUGCCCUGGACCGAGUGGAAUGCAACCAAUAUUCCCCGACAAAGGGACGUCCACGCCUAAAGAAGGCGAUUGCUGAUGCGUACUCGCCUUUCUUUGGCCGAACCCUGAACCCUGAUACCGAAGUGUCGAUCACUACGGGAGCAAAUGAAGGGAUGCUAAGUGCCUUCAUGGGCUUCAUUGAGCCGGGUGAUGAGGUUAUUAUCUUCGAGCCCUUCUUCGACCAAUACAUCAGCAAUAUUGAAAUGCCAGGCGGCACAAUUCGAUAUGUGCCGCUGCACCCUCCCAAGGAUGGGGCCACCAGGACAUCUCCGGCCUCUGAAUGGACUAUCGAUUACGAGGAGCUGGAGAAGACCAUCAACCCCAAAACUAAGAUGAUAGUGUUGAACUCACCCCAUAACCCUGUAGGAAAGGUCUUCUCUCGUGCUGAGCUUGAGCGGAUCGGCGACCUCUGCAUCAAACACAACCUGAUCAUCCUCUCUGACGAGGUUUAUGACCGCCUUUUCUAUGUUCCAUUUACCAGGAUUGCAACUUUGUCUCCGGAGCUCUAUGAGCGUACCCUCACUGUAGCCUCUGCUGGAAAGGCCUUCUAUGCUACGGGAUGGCGUGUUGGGUACCUGAUUGGACCCGAGCAUUUGAUUAAGUAUGUGGCUGGCGCACAUACUCGGAUCUGUUACAGCAGUGUGUCCCCCCUUCAGGAAGCUGCUGCUGUUGCCUUCGAGCAGGCGGACAAGGUUGGCUUUUGGGAUGAGAGCCGGACCGAAAUGAAGGCGAAGAUGGAACGUUUCUGCAAGGUGUUUGACGAAUUGAAUAUUCCUUACUCUGAUCCAGAGGUCGGCGUGGCAGCAAUUCCUCCGACCGAAUUUUAUACUGAUGCAAAUGCUCAUAUCGCGGAGGAUUACCUUCGCUUCGCAGUAUGCAAAAAUGACGACGUGUUGGAAACUGCAAAAGAGAGACUGCGUGGCCUGAAGAAGUAUAUUGUGCAGUAA